CUGUCUGUCUCUGUCUCUCUCUCUCUCUCUCUCUCUCUCUCUCUCUCUCUAAUAGAUCUUACCUCUUUCACUAAGCACACUCUUCACAGAGCUCUGUGUGGACUCUCUCUCUCUCUCUCUCUCUCUCUAUAGAGCUUAUUGGCUCUCUAGAAUGGACUCUGUCGCUUAGUGUGUUCUAGGACUAUCGUUUUCUAUGAAAAGCAACUCAUCUCCUCGUGAAGUGCAUGUGAAGUUGGUGGCUGAGACUGAGACUAGAGAGGUAGAGGGAGAUCUAAUCUGGUGGCCUUAAUGAUCCAAACGGGUCGUUUUUGCUUUUUGGGAAUUUUCAGGUGAAUACAGUUUUUCCUAGUUACUUUCUUUUUGUGGGUGCUGCUUCUUCUCCUAGCUCUUUGGGCAUACUUUUUUUGAUGUAGCUCCGUGCUCUUUCAAUCUAAACCUUGUUUAUUCUCUACUCAUUUUGUCAAAAAUUUUGGCUCUUUUGGCGCCUUAAGAUAAAAGGUUGAGCCUUUGGUUGUUGGGUGUGCUAUAGCUGCUUACGUUACAUUGUUUGCAUAUUGAAGUAAAGGGUUUUCUGCUAUUAAUCUUAUGCAUUGAAGCUGGGAGGUUUAGUAGUAGGACUUAAUGCGGAAUGAUGGUGCAGUUUGGGCCUUUAAUUAAAGUUUGCGAUUUUGAAUUUAGUUUCAUGGGUUUGGAUAGUGCUGCAUUUGUACUGAUGGUUCUCUGCCCUUCGGAGGUAAAUGAUGAUUAUUGUGCAGAAAUUUUGUUCUUGGGGUGAACUUUGGGGAUUUGUGGUGUAAUCAUUGCAAAAAGGGUUAUUACUCUUUCAAAUAAAUGCUUUGUGGUCGAUGGAGGAUCUGUAAUCGCUUGAAUUUUGGAGUUUUUAGUGGUUAGUUGCCUGACUUGAAGAUUUGAACCUGUUACAGAUUGAAGGAAAAUGCAAUACAAUUUGAUUGAUGUUGCUAACAGGCAAGGGAUACUGCUAGCAUAUUCAUUUACUUUCUGAUCAUGACCAAGGCUGUCCGUAAUAGGAUUCUCACGGAUGCAAAUGGUCAUAUCAGUGAUCAUCUUCGCAACCAUAUUCAUUUAACCAACUGCAUUCAUCUGAAAAACCAUAUGCAUAAACAGAGCCCCAUACUGGCUGAUAGGUCAAUAAUGAGGGACCUCAUUGUUCUUCAGAGGUCCAGAUCAUUGAGGGACCCUUCUGCCAGUUCUCCUUCAUGGCACUCACCUUCUGUUGUUGAUUUGCUUCCUAAGAAAGGUGACAAAGAUGCCACAAUUAUGGAGGGUAGAAGGUCAGUUGGCAUUGAGCGUCGAAGGGAAGGUAGGAGGUUGUCAGGUAGCGCAACACCCUUUGCUAGUUUAGCACCAUCAAAGGUUGUUCCUGGUGAGCUUAGUGGGGGAAAUGAUAUGAUAGCAGAUAUUAGUGAUCAUAGUAGCAAGAGUGUAGCUAGAGAUGAUAGGAGAGUUAAGAGAGAAGGAUCUAGUCAAAAGAGCAAUAGGAUUGAUCUUUUGGGCGGUGAUGAGGACACUUUACAAGAUCAAGAUGUUAAUGGUUUGGUUAAUGAUGCUAUUUCGGGGAAUUCAGAAUCUAAAUCUAGAAAGAGUAAACAAAAGGGGAGGCAUAGUCAAGAUUUUCAUAUUAAGACCCUUUCUGAGCAGUUGAAUGAGGUACCAGUGGAUAGUGAUGUAGCUUCUUCUAACAUCCAUCUUCAUGGAAGACGGUCUCAACAGAAGAAAACUGGUGAGGAACCUGAGACCAGCAUUCGUGGGAAUAGGGUGAAAAGGCGGAAGUUCCAAGGUGCCAGAAGAACUAGGGCAACUCCAUCUGCUAGAGAUGUUGGGGGUCAGAAUGAAAUGUCUGUUGCUUCUAAUUCAUCGGCUCAAGGUUCUGCAAGACCAAGGUAUCACAUUGAGGAAGAAGAAGAAUUCGGGGACCAAAAUGUCACAAGAGCUCCUAGAAAUGGAUGUGGGAUUCCAUGGAAUUGGUCAAGGAUUCAUCAUAGGGGUAAAACAUUCCUUGACAUGGCUGGUAGAAGUUUGUCUUGUGGUUUGUCGGACUCAAGGUUAAGGAAAGGUAGCAUGGCUUCCCAUGAGAGAGAUGGUCCUAAUAUGUCCGUGGCAUCAGAUCAUUCAAGUUCAUGUACUAAAUCUGAUGCAGAGGUGCUGCCUCUAUUAGUUGAGGCUUCCGGAUCCCUUGAAAGCACUGAUAAUGCUGGUUGGGUGCAUGACUAUUCCGGAGAGCUUGGUAUAUAUGCUGAUCAUUUACUGAAAAAUGAUUUUGAUUCUGACCUUGCUUCUGAAGCUAGAUCUGGUGGUCAACGCAAGCUUGGGCGGAACCACAAUUGCAGGCAUCAAAAUUUGACUCAAAAAUACAUGCCAAGAACUUUCAAAGAUCUGGGGGGACAGAAUCUGGUAGCACAAGCUCUUUCCAAUGCUGUCAUGAGAAGGAAGGUUGGGUUGCUAUAUGUGUUUUAUGGGCCUCAUGGUACUGGAAAGACCUCAUGCGCUCGCAUAUUUGCCAGGGCUUUAAAUUGUCAAUCUUUGGAUGAUCCCAAACCUUGUGGCUAUUGCAAUUCUUGCAUGGCACAUGAUAUGGGUAAGAGUCAAAAUAUAAGGGAAGUUGGUUCAGUCAGUAAUUUUGAUUUUGAGAGCAUUAUGGAUUUGCUUGACAACAUGAUUAUUUCUCAUCUGCCCUCGCAGUUCAGAGUUUUUAUUUUUGAUGACUGUGAUACUCUGUCCCCUGACUGCUGGAGUGCCAUUUCAAAGGUCAUUGAUCGAGCACCCAGACGUGUAGUUUUUGUCCUUGUCAGCUCAAGUCUUAAUGUUUUGCCUCAUAUAAUUAUAUCCAGGUGCCAGAAAUUCUUUUUCCCAAAGCUGAAAGAUGCAGAUAUUACAGACACUUUGCAGUGGAUUGCAUCCAAAGAAGAUAUAGAUAUUGAUAAGGAUGCACUAAAACUUAUUGCAUCACGAUCAGAUGGAUCACUGAGGGAUGCUGAGAUGACUCUAGAACAACUGAGUUUGCUUGGUCUGAAGAUAUCUCUUCCCUUAGUUCAAGAACUGGUUGGGCUUAUCUCUGAUGAAAAAUUGGUGGAUCUUCUUGAUUUAGCAUUAUCUGCAGACACGGUGAACACUGUGAAGAAUUUGAGAGUGAUAAUGGAAACUGGUGUGGAUCCAUUGGCAUUAAUGUCACAGCUUGCUACAGUUAUCACUGAUAUAGUAGCUGGUAGUUAUGACUUCACAAAAGAAAGGCAUAGAAGGAAGUUUUUUCGACGACAACCAUUGUCCAAAGAAGAUAUGGAAAUAUUGCGUCAAGCUCUGAAAACUUUGUCAGAGGCUGAAAAACAACUUAGAAUGUCUAAUGACAAAUUAAUGUGGCUAACAGCUGCAUUGCUUCAACUUGCUCCUGAUCAACAGUACAUGCUGCCUAGUUCUUCUACAGAAACUAGUUUUAAUCAUAGCCCUAUCACCCUAAAUAACGCAAAUGGAAGAGAAGUAGCCAAGAAAGGUGGUGAACAAGCUGAGAUUCCCAAUAAUGAGAGAAGCUUGUCAACACGUGUUAGAUUGGAAACUGCUAGAACUUCUGGUGAUUUCCAUAUCAAUGGUGCAUCAAGAGGUAUUAAUGUUGAUAGGAAAAGAAGUGGCGGGACUGGGAUGGCUCCUCAGUGCACAUCUGCACUGUCUUCUGAUGCAGUUAGGGUGAGUGGCAGGCAGAUGUCAGCCAAAAGCUGUAGAGGAUAUGAAGAAAUUUGGUUGGAGGUGCUUGGGAAGAUUCAGUUUAAUAGUAUAAGAGAGUUUUUGUACCAAGAAGGAAAGCUUAUCUCUGUCAGUUUUGGUGCAGCUCCAACUGUGCAGUUGAUAUUCAGUUCACAUGUCACCAAAUCGAGGGCAGAGAAGUUUAGGGCACAUAUUUUACAAGCAUUUGAGUCUGUUCUUGGGUCGCCAGUUACCAUUGAAAUCAGAUGUGAAUCAAAUAAAGACACAAGUGGAGGGUUCCAUGCACCUCUCAUUUUACCAGCUUCAAGGAAGGCUUCAUCUUGGAUGGCUGUAGAGCCAGAGACUACUACUGGAAGCAGAAUGCCUAGGAGGGGAGAAACUCUUUAUGUAGGGAGGAGUGAAAUUGUUGAAAUACCAGCUUCUCCGAGGGAAAUCAAGGGUAAUGGACAUGUUGACAACAAUGCAGAAUCUAGUAAAAGAGGUUUACAGCAUGCAAGAGUGGGAGAUUCAGCAGUUUCACAUAAGAAAUAUAGCAUCAGUCCUAUGUCAGAAAGAAGGAAACUUGGCGAGCAAAGUCAGAGUAAGAGCCUUGUGCGAAGCAAGGUUUCCCUUGCACAUGUAAUUCAGCAGGCAGAAGGAUGUACACAGCAAACUGGAUGGUCCAAACGUAAGGCGGUUUCUAUAGCUGAAAAGCUUGAACAAGAAAAUUUGAGGCUGGAACCUAGAUCACGAAGUUUGCUAUGCUGGAAAGCAUCUAGAGUUACCCGUCGAAAGCUUUCUCGUUUGAAGAUUAGGACGCGAAGACCAAAUUCACUGCUGAAGCUUGUUUCUUGUGGAAAAUGCCUCUCUUCAAAAUCUCCAAGGUAGAAGAAGAAAAAUUUUUCAAUGACUUUUAAGGAUUCAGAGCGCAACUUCAUUGUUACUUCUGUAAUUAGACAUUUUAUUGGCAUUUACUGGGUCAGAAUUAGCCGUUCAUAUGUUUUUCCUUUGAAUAAAGCGUAGUAGUGCUUACCAAUGAGAAUUUAAGAAAGAAUUGGAUAGUGUAGCUUCUCUUAAUCAAUUUUCGUAUGUUUAUACA